AUGGCUCGUGGCAAGUUGCAGGAAGCAGCGGAAGUAAAGGAAGACCAGAGCAUCCUCAUUCACAUCAAGGACAGAGACUGUGUGGCUCUGGAGGUGCAGUACCACAGAAGUUGCUACAGAGAGUACACAAGGUUUUUGAGUGAGCCUGUCAGAGCAGAGAAAGAACAGAUUGGGCCAACAUUUGAUCUGAGCUACAAGUUAUUCUGCGAGAGGGUAAUCCGCCAAAGGCUGCUGAUCAACCAAGAGGUGCUGAGGAUGAGCCAACUGAGGAAGGCCUUUAUUGCCCUUGUGCAGUCAAGUGAAGGUGUUGAUGCUUCAACCUACAGACAGGAUAUAUUGAAGAAGAGGCUCAGUCGUGAUUUUACUCAGCUAGUGUUCCACACCCCCGCCAAACGCAACACAUCUGAACUGGUUUUUGCUGAGAACUUGUCGACGAAUGCAGUCUUGGACUUGUUACCAUCAGGUGCGGAGACGACUCAGUCCAGCGAAAUGAGCCAGACAGACAGCGACACGGAAAGGAGGAAGUCAAAGCAACCAACCACAGCAGAGGAGACACGGACACUUUACACAGCAGCUUUGCUUUUGAAGAGGCUGCUUAGUCACAGUCCUGGCAUGUCAUGCCCAUGGCCCCCAACUGCAGUAAACUUCAAUCUCACUGAAGUCAUUUGCUGUGGCAUGCGCAAAAGAUGUGUACCUGGAUGCUUUCACAGAUCUGGGGAGUGACUUUAACCUGGCUCAAUCUACAUUUGCCCUACUAUGCAAAUAUGUCUGUCAUCUCUAUGAUCAGUCCACCACAGAAAACAUCA